AUGGACUAUAUACGUAAUAUUUCUCGUCCUGUGGACGUUCCUGACAUUGGUCUCCUUUGUGAUUUGCUAUGGUUGGACCCUGAUAAAGAGAUUGAUGGGUGGGGUGAGAAUGACAGGGGUGUUUCCUACACCUUUGGAGCUGACAUAGUUGCUGAGUUCUUCAUAAACAUGAUCUAG